AUGAGUUGUAGCGGUCGAGUGCUAUCGGCGCUGGUGAACACCUCGAAUGGUCCAUUCGUUUACUUGAUGGAUAUUUGUGCCCUCUCACCGGAUUAUUCAUCGAAGGCGGGUGUGGUGCAAUCCAUACGAGUUUCGAGUAGAAAUGAAGCGUGCGGAAUAGCACUCGAAUGGAAUCCGCAACUGGAGGGCGUAUUUGCUGUGAUUGCGAACGAUGGCACUCUUUCGACGUAUCUUUUCGAUAUUCAGGUUUGUUUUAUCCGCUUGAUUUUAGUUGUUAAUACUCGAAUUUUUUGUGAUAUUCAGCGAUUCGUAACACUGUCCGGAUAUUGUGACUUUUGUGAGAUCAUAUUUGUAUAA